GGUCUCCUCAGUCUGCUCUUUAAAGAGUCCAUCCUUCUCACCCUGCAGAGACACUUCUCUCUGGGAGCAGAGACCCGCCGGAGGUCUGAGGUGGGUGGAGACUGAAGCCCGAGGUCCGCAGCCGGAGGAGGGGAGGGUGACACCGAGCAUCUCGGACUAUCCCAUACACCCACGCGCACACACACAGGCAGAAGAGGAAGGAAGCAUCAUCAUGGCAACGACUACUUGCACGCGUUUUACAGAUGAAUACCWGCUCUACGAGGAGCUCGGCAAGGUGACAGGAGGGGAGCUGUUUGAGGACAUUGUGGCCAGAGAAUACUACAGUGAAGCAGAUGCCAGUCAUUGCAUCCAGCAGAUCCUGGAGGCUGUGCUCCACUGCCAUCAGAUGGGGGUGGUACACCGAGACCUUAAGCCGGAGAACCUGCUGCUGGCCAGUAAGUGUAAGAAUGCUGCCGUCAAACUGGCUGACUUUGGGCUGGCCAUAGAAGUUCAAGGAGAACAACAGGCUUGGUUUGGUUUUGCAGGAACUCCUGGCUACUUGUCUCCAGAGGUGCUGAGGAAGGAGGCGUACGGUAAACCUGUAGACAUCUGGGCGUGCGGUGUGAUCCUUUACAUCCUACUGGUUGGGUACCCACCGUUCUGGGAUGAGGACCAGCACAAACUCUACCAGCAGAUCAAAGCUGGAGCAUACGACUUUCCCUCUCCAGAAUGGGACACAGUCACUCCUGAAGCCAAAAAUCUGAUCAACCAGAUGUUGACUAUUAACCCCACCAAGAGAAUCACUGCCCAGGAGGCGCUGAAGCACCCCUGGGUCUGUCAACGCUCCACUGUGGCCUCCAUGAUGCACAGACAGGAGACGGUCGAGUGCCUGAAGAAGUUUAACGCCAGGCGGAAACUCAAGGGAGCCAUUUUGACCACCAUGCUCGUCUCCAGGAACUUCUCUGUGGGCCGGCAGACUACAGCCCCUGCUUCCGUCAGCGGAGUUUCAGGAACCACCGCUGGCAUUGUGGAACAAGCAGCCAAGAGCCUCCUCAACAAGAAGGCCGACUACAAG